AAAUUAUUUCGCGUAAGAACGAAAAAACUCAAAUUCGGCGCGUUUUUUCUUCGUCUCGCAACCUUUUUUUUACGCAGCAAUGUACAUUAAACAGAUUACGAUUCAAGGGUUCAAAUCGUACAAGGACCAAAUAACUUUUGAUCCCUUUAGUCCAAAGCAUAACGUCAUUGUUGGUCGAAAUGGAUCGGGCAAGAGUAAUUUCUUUUCAGCCAUCCGAUUUGUACUGGGCGAUGCAUAUCAAAGCCUGAGCAAAGAAGAACGACAGUCGCUACUCCAUGAAGGCACGGGCUCAGCUACCAUUUCCGCAUACGUUGAAGUUGUCUUUGACAAUUCAGACAACAGAUUUCCGACCGGAAAAGACGAAGUAGUGCUGCGACGAAGUAUCGGAUUGACAUUGGAUGAGUAUUCUUUGGAUAAAAAGAGUGUCACAAAAACCGAUGUGAUGAGUUUAUUGGAAAGUGCUGGUUUCUCACGCUCUAAUCCUUACUACAUUGUGCCUCAAGGACGGAUCACGUCAUUAACGGUAGCCCGAGAUGAAGACCGACUACAAUUACUCAAAGAAAUUGCUGGUACUCGUGUGUACGAACAAAAACGAAGCGAAAGUCACAAAAUUAUUGAAGAGACUGAUGCCAAACGAUCCAAGAUCACCGAAGUGUUAGAAUAUAUCGAAGAACGUCUAGCAGAACUAGAAAAAGAAAAAGAAGAGUUAUCCCAAUUCCAAACGUUGGAUCGACAGCGCCGAUCCCUCGAAUACACCAUUUAUAUGCGAGAACAAAUGGAAACAAACGAAAAGCUGGGUGAAAUGGAAGAAAGUCGACGUGUGGAUGUAAUCAGCAGUGAAAACAAACGUAAAGAACAAGCUGACAAUGAGGUCGCAAUCAAUACUCUCGAAGUUUCAAUUCGUGACAAGUCCCAAGAAAUGAAUCGAUUGGAGACAGAAAAAUAUGAAUUGUUGGAGGAUAAGGAGGAAUAUGUCAAGGCCAAGGCAAAGCUUGAAAUGUUGGUGAUGGAUUUAGAAAGCAGUGAACUAUCUGAACAAGAAUACAAGACUAGAUUGGAUGCUCAACUUGAAGCUGUUGCAAACGAAAUGAAACAAGUCGAACAAGCCAUUGCCGAUAUAACACCCAGAGUAGAACAGCUGAUCGGUCAGGACGGUGAACUUCGGCAUGGUCUUAAACGGUUACUUGUGAAGCAACAAAACAUCCAUGCCAAGCAAGCUCGCUUAACACGAUUCAAUAGCAAGGCAGAGCGAGAUCAAUGGUUGCAGAGUGAAAUUAAUGAAAUCCAAGGCAACUUGACCAUCCGUAAUAACCAGAUCACCAUCCUUGAGACCGAAAAGCAAGAAGCUGAAAAACAAGUCGCUGAACGGAUUGAGUAUAUCCAAAAAAUCCGUGAAAAGCUUGCCAAGCGUCAAGAUAUUCUACAAAAACUCGCAGAAGAAGAGCUCAAAUUGAAACAAGAGCGGGAUGAUGCUACAGAACAACGCAAGAAAUUGUGGCGUCAAGAGGCCAAGUUGGAUUCGGUGUUACACAACUGCACUGACGAAGCCAGAAAAGCCGAACGGAUGCUAGCUUCCUCGGUUGAUAAGGCUACGAGCAGUGGAUUGGAAGCCGUUUCGCGAAUUGCUCAAGCGCACAAUAUCCAUGGGGUUUAUGGUCCUGUCUUUGAUUUGUUUACGGUUGACGAACGAUUCAACACAGCCGUCGAAACGGCUGCUGGUUCAAGUUUGUUCCACAUUGUCGUAGAAAACGAUACGGUCGCCACCGAACUAUUGACGAUCAUAAACCAAGAAAAGGCGGGUCGAGUUACAUUUAUGCCGCUCAACCGUAUCCGCAGCAGUGCUGUGACCUAUCCUACAGCCACGGAUGCGAUUCCAUUGAUUCAACGACUAAGCUACGAUACAGAAAAAUUCCAAGCGGUAUUCGAACAUGUGUUUGGAGGAGUGAUUGUGUGCCCCAACUUGGAUGUUGCAGCAAGUUAUAGCAAGACCCACAAUCUCAAUGUUGUGACGCUUGAGGGUGACCGUGUAGAUCGUCGUGGAACACUGUUUGGUGGUUACAUGGAUAUGCGUCACUCUCGACUCGAGGCGGCGAAAGCAUACAAGAUGUGGAAAUCAAAACUAGCAGAAGAACGUGAACGUGGUGCUCAGCUGAAACAACAAAUUGGACAAUUAGACCAGGAGGUCACUCGUAUCCUGAGUGAUCUGCAGGUGGUUGAAAGCAAGAGAAAACAAUUGCAGAUCCAAGGAGACACGAGUUUCCAUGAAGCUAAAUUGCGCAAGGAGGAAGAGACGAUCAAACAAUUGGUGUUUGCUAAAGAAAAAACGCUGACCCAAAUCCGAGCCAACGCAGCAGCUCUUGACCAACAGAUUGCAACAUACCAGGCCGAAAUAUCAACUGAGCCAAGCCAAACACUUAGUGCUGAAGAACAACAGAUACUUUCAGAAAACAGCAAACAAAUCGAAUCAAUGAAGCAGCGGAUGGCUGAGGUAUCAGCUGCCAAAGUGGAAGCGGAAAACGAAAUCAACACACUCAAUGAUCGACUGGAGCAUGAUUUGAAGCGACGCCAGGAAGAAUUGCAAUCCAAGACAGAGCGGGCAACUGCGGAUAGUAGUAGCAAAGAAUUGGAGCGCAAGCGCAAGGAGAUCAAGUGGAUAAGCAAGAAGCAGGAUCGAUUUACACAAAGAAUUACAGAACUGGAAACGCUCAUUGAUAAGCAUCAGCAAGAUCUGCAGGGAUUGACGCAAUCUUUGGAACAGCUGACGACUGAGCAAGCCGAUGUAACGCGCACUAUUAGCAAGCAUGAAAAGAACCUAGAACGGUACUUAUUGCGACGGUCACUGCUCUUACAACGCAAAGAAGAUUGUAGCGUCAAUAUCCGCGACCUGGGCAUUCUGCCUGACGAUGCACAAGAAAAAUAUGCAAAGCUUAAUAUAGGCAAGUUGCUACGCAAACUGCAUCGGGCCAACGAGUCACUUCAGAAGUACGGCCAUGUCAACAAAAAGGCAUUUGAACAGUAUGGCAUAUUCACCAAGCAACGUGAUCAGCUGACAACACGAAAGACUGAAUUGGACAAAUCUGCAAGCUCUAUCCGUGGUCUGGUGGACUCCUUGGACCGUCGAAAGGAUGAAGCGAUUGAACGCACCUUUCAACAAGUUGCAGGCAACUUUGCUGAAAUUUUUGAGACCCUUGUACCUGCCGGUCGUGGUGAGCUUGUCAUUCAGCGCAAAUCUGAUCAGGACAUGGAAGUUGAUGGAGAAGAGGAUGGCACCCAGCGGAGCAUCGAACGCUACAGUGGAGUGGCAAUCAAGGUGUCAUUCAACAGCAAAUCGGAUGAAGGCACGAUUAUGCAACAGUUAUCUGGCGGACAAAAGUCACUGGUUGCGCUGGCAUUAAUUUUCGCUAUACAGAAAUGCGACCCAGCUCCGUUUUAUUUGUUUGACGAAAUCGAUGCCAAUCUCGACGUGCAGUACCGUACGGCUGUCGCCGAGAUGAUCCACGCCAACAUGUCCAGCUCGGCCCAGUUCAUAACGACCACCUUCCGUCCUGAACUGCUUGCAAAUGCAGACAAGUUCUAUGGCGUCACUUUCCAAGGAAAGGUGUCCAGGAUCCACGCGAUCUCCAAGGAGAGUGCCUUGGGUUUUGUGGAACAGGAACACGCACAUUAAUCAAGAAAGGACCACAUGAGUUUUACUCUUAUGUUGCCUUGCCUUAUCAGCACAUUCCUUUUUUUUCACGGGGGCAACACACACACAUAACAUAUCUGCACUUGGAGGAAUAAGAAGAAUAAGGGUUAAA